UCCCACGUAACACAGGCUAGCUAGGUCAUUUGUGUUCACCAACGUCCGCGCUAAAAGUUGUUCGCAAUGUCAACGUUCGAUUAUGUAGAGAUUCCGCCAGACGUGAUUCGUCUGCAAUCACCUCCAGGCUCGAGCAACCCCGUACGCCCAUUUACAAAAAUCAGCACGUCCUUGCCAUCAUCCUCUUCUUCGCCCGCGCCUCCACCUACAACCAGCACCACCUUUAGCCCGACAAAGUCUCUAUCUACCCUCCUCCUUAGCAGCUCUUUUCCUGCCUCGAUUCCCGCUUCUGCAACCCCUCGCAAGUCCAGCACAGCUCUGCUGAGCACGAGAGACCCGCUCAGCAUUCCAAUUACUACCGUCAAUUUUAGGAGGUUCGUAGCUAGAGUAGGUUGUGUGUUUUGGUUGCAGGAUCGACUGGAGGAGGUGCUUAUGUGGAGACGUGGGUGGAAAUAUACGGGCGUCUGGAUCACUGCCUACGCGUUCUUGUGUUAUUUCCCUCGUCUAGUGCUACUUCUCCCGCACGCUAUACUAGCAGCUAUAAUGCUCUCGACGUAUCCUACCACCUCACCAUGCGAAUCAACAUCAACAAAGAACCCACCUGCUCCAAUCGCGCCGCCACCCUCGGAGGGUAGCGUUGACUGGCAAGCAAACCUUCAAGCUAUUCAAAACCUUAUGGGCGCGUUUUCUGAUGUCUACGACCUCCUCUCACCUCUUACUCCCCACCUCAUCCACCGCUCCACACAUACCUCGCUCAUCCUAACGCUCACCCUCCUCUCAUUCCUCCUCUUGCUCCCAAUCCUACCUCUAAUCCCGCUUCGCCUGCUAUUCCUUGUCCUUGGGGUGUCACCAUUUGCAUGGACGCAUCCAAUCACGCAAGUGCGCAUCAUACCCCUGCUCAAAGCCGCAGUCAACGGUAGCAUCAUCAAGGGAAGCAACGCGGGUACUACCUUGACUACUAAAUACGCCACCUUGAAAACGAAGCUCCGCCGCUGGAUCGACGACGACAGACUCGAAGACAGACAUUGGAGCGCUGAGAUGCGGGAGGUGGAGUUGUGGGAGAAUGAGAGGUGGGCUCCGGGGCCUUCGUCGUCGUCGUCGUCGUUUGGCACGCAGGAUGAUCUUGAUACUGUGGGAGCUGGUUCGAGUUUUGGGUCGGGGUUUGAUGUGGGAGCUGGGUCUGGGAGUGCAUUGGUUGGUGCAGGAACUGGAACGUGGAGUAAGACACAUUUGAGGUCUGCGGAUCGUGCGUCGUGGACGAGGGCUAGGGAUGGGUGGAGUGGAGUGGGCGGCGAAGUGAGCAGCAACCUUACGUUCUCGCUCGCACCAGGCUGGGCGUUCGUGGAAACAGAGGGGUGGAAACCUGACACACUUGGGAGCUGGGUUUGUCCUAGUUCUGGUUCUGGUUUCGGCAACGGGGAUCCUGUCUUUGGAGCGGACGACAACGGAUGGGUAUACACCAAUGACUAUUGGGCCGAUCCGCGUCGGACACCUCUCGAGGCAUGGAAGGCAUCGGGUAUGACAAGGCGGAGGAGGUGGGUGCGGAGGGUGUAUUUUGAUCCUGCAUUGGUCGAGAGUGCGUGAGGAGUUCAGGGAAUUGGUACGUUCAUCAUUGUAUUACAUAUGACUGUCACGACAUAGUAGACUGCUAAACAUAACCAUUUACAAUUCAUUCCCCUGACUGGCGGUGAUCUGGUCCAAGUGGAGAUUAGCACAGCUAAUCGAACGUGCACAGCAAAUUACGUGAGGUGUGAGGCAAUAGGCGCGAAAAGGUGUGUUGACCGUUGAA